AUGGCGCCUCGUGGACCCGGUCGGGGACAUGAGAGAGAUCGUACUAGUACUCAUGAACCGAAAAUCAACCCGAAUAACCCGAUAAACCUUAUGGCGGCAUUGGAGAAUAUGGCUACUACUAUGCAGGCCACUGCGGAGGCUCUUGGGCAACAGAUAAACAAUAACGGCAAUGGCGGAAGUGGAGCUCAGGGCCCAAUGACACUAGCAACUUUCUUAAAGGUUAAUCCACCUAAGUUCAAGGGAACCACUAAUCCGACUGAAGCUGACACCUGGUUUCAGGCCAUGGAGCGAGCACUACAAGCGCAGUUGGUGCCUGAAGAGCAGUGUGUUGAAUUUGCUACCUAUCUGCUCACGGGGAAAGCAUUGCAUUGGUGGCAAGGGGCUCGACGUCUCCUGCAGCAGGGGAAUGAUCCUAUCACCUGGGGUGCCUUCCAAGUGGAAUUUUAUAAGAAGUACUUUCCGAAUUCUGCUAGAACGGUCAAGGAACUUGAAUUACUGCAACUGAAGCAGGGUACAAUGUCCGUAUCUGAGUAUACGGAUAAAUUUGAGGAGUUAUUCAGGUUUUCUCGUAUGUGUCAAGGAACCCCAGGAGACUUCGAGGAAUGGAAGUGUAUUAAGUAUGAAGGAGGACUUCGAAGUGAAAUCCUAAGCUCCGUUGGACCGAUGGAGAUUAGGGUCUUCUCCGAACUUGUGAACAAGAGCCGUAUUACUGAAGAAUGUGUGAGGAAGGCUAUUGAGGCGAAGAAUGACCAUCGGGAGUCCUACCGUAGGGAGCACAAUCAAGAGUACCCAACAAGGGGUCAUGAGUUUAGGAGAAGAGGAUACCCACAACAUUUUUUCCAAAGGCGAAAUGACCUUGCGACGAAUAAGAAUUCCCAAGGAAAAGGUAAGGAAAAACAAAUGGUGGCUGCUUUGGAUGUUUUGAGCUGUCAGAGAUGUGGAGGUCAUCACCCAAAUAGACCGUGUCGUUAUGGUUUGGGUUUGUGUUACAAUUGCGGAAGGCUAGGACAUUUGGUCAGAGAUUGCCCACACCGGAAGGACCGGGAGACUGCCAGGUUCGAUUUUCAUACCUGA